UUCGGAGGAAGAGAUUCAGCAGCAACAUCGCCUUCUGUGUUCGAUCCCAGUACAUCAGAAACGCAAGGGGACUGAAGCUUCUGCUAAGUAUGGGAAUGAUCAAUCUCUGGACCAAGUUCUGUGUACUAUGGGGAAUUCUGAAUGGCCCUGCCUGGAUAAUGUCCAGCAUGCUCCCAGUCACUGUUUCCUCCAGCUCCUUAGGUAAAGACUUUGUUACAGCUUUCAUGCAGAAUGGCUUGCCGCGAAUGUUGCAGGGAGAUUUUAAACUGUUUAUCACAGGCUAUGUCCCUGCCACAUCCAUCACCAUCUCCAUGAAGCAGCCUGCCUUAAGGGUUGUGGUCAAGGUGAAUCCUGGCGAAACACUAUCAGUGAAAAUCCCACCCGAGGCAGAGAUGAUUGGAAGCGGUAUCUUUGACAACACUUUGACUGUCCGGGCUGACAAUGAUAUCUCCAUCCUUUCCCUUAGCUACAAACCCCACACGGCCGAUACCAGCAUUGUCUAUCCCAUGACAAGCUUAGGUACUGAGUACUAUGUUGUUACGCCAAAUGUAGGCACAGAUCGCCAUAGAGAGGUAGCCAUCAUAGCCUGGGAAGAACCCACAUCAGUUGAUGUCUACCUGAAAGGGGCUGUUACAUUCCAAAGAAAAGUCUAUCCCCGAGGAAGCAAGCUCACCAUUUCUCUUGGACCAUAUCAAGCUGCCCAGCUACAAAGCGACGUGGACCUCUCAGGCACUAAAAUAGUCUGCCAGAAACCAGUGGCUGUCUAUAGCGGGCACACCUGUGUCUCUAGGCAAGUCCAGUGUGACCAUGUCUUUGAACAGCUUUUGCCGGUUUCCAGCUGGGGCACCAACUUCAUCAUCCCCUCUUUGCCCUUUAACAUGGAGCACGACAUAGUGUAUGUUUCUACUUCCCAAAAGACUCACAUUGAUACUCAGACUGGACAAAGGAAGAGCCGCCGGGAUUUGCCCUCUGCCCGGGCAGUCCUGUAUGGCAUUCAAGGUACAACUGCCUUGUCCCUCUCAGCUAGUUCUGGCAUCCAAGUAAUGUUUUUCAGUGAUGGCGGCACCAAUGGGAACCUCCGAUAUGACCCUUUCUUCAUGGCAAUCCCUGACGUCUCCAGCUAUUGUCAGGCCUACUACAUCUAUGGGCAUGACCAUUUUGAAAACUAUGCCCUGCUCAUCGCCAAAUCUACAGAGACAUCUGGGAUCACCUUGGAUAAGAGGCCACUGCGUGGUCUCCAGUGGAAUCUGGUGUCUGGCACAGAAUACUCCUGGGCUUCACGCAGCUUAGGCCAAGGAUAUACAGUCCACACAAUAGAACACCCCACUUCCCCCUUUGGGCUGCUGAGUGUUGGAAUUGGAAAUGAGAAGGGUUACGGCUCCCCAGCAGUUUGUGCAAAUGAUCCUUGCCGACAGCUCCAGUGCCGGACAAAGGAAACAUGCGAGGUGCAGAACGGUCAAGCAAGAUGUGUCCAUGAGUACAUGGGGACCUGCCAGGGCUCCACAGCUCAGGAUCUCCAGACUUUGGAUGGUUUGUUAGUGGACAUCCAAGGUUCUUGCACCUACACCAUUGCAAAGUACUGCGGCAGUGACUCCACACUCAUCCCUUUCUCAUUUGAGGAGAAGAACAGCAUCAUGGACAGCCAGGACUCCACCAAGAUAAGCCAUCUCAAAGUAUAUGGUCAUAUGAUCACCAUUACCAUUAACAAGGGAGAAGGUGUCCAACUCAUGCUGAAUGAUGUAGCAGCCAGCAUCCCUGCAACACUGGAGGAUGGAAAGAUCAAGGUUUCCAAGCGCAAUGGACAGCCCAUCAUCGAAACAGAUUUUGACCUUCGGGUGACGUAUGACCUUGACCAGGUUAUAGUGGUGACUCUCCCCAGCAGCUACUAUGGAGCCAUCUGUGGACUCUGUGGGAAUUUCAACGGCCACGCCGAUGAUGACAUGACAUAUCUGAAUGGUACUGUUGCCUCCUCAAUCGUGGACUGGGUCAACAGCUGGAAAGUCAAUGAUCAGGACCCUGUCUGCUCAGAUUCCUGCCAAGGAAACUGCUUGGCCUGUGAUGACAGGCAGAAGGAGCUAUUUGGCAGUGAAAAGUAUUGUGGGAUUAUCAGCCAAGUCUCAGGAGGACCUUUCAGAGCAUGCCACCACACCUUGAGCCCUGCCAGUUACUUCAGCGAUUGCAUCAAUGGGAUGUGCUCAAACAGAGGGGACAAAGAUGCACUGUGUAAAAAGGUGGCGACCUAUGCCACUGCCUGUGAAGAACAGGGUAUCACUGUUGAUGAAUGGAAGGUGACAUCUGGCUGCGGACAAGCCCUGCCUGACCAAUGGACAAACGAGACAUUUGCUGAAGAAAUCAGCCCUGAAGCUGACACCUGCCCUGACAACAGUCACUAUGAGGCCUGUGGAAAUGCCUGUCCAGCUACCUGCUCUGAACAGACAGCUCCCUCUACCUGCAGAAAGCCCUGUAGAAAAACCUGUCAAUGCAAUGAUGGCUAUGUUCUCAGUGGCAAGAAGUGUGUCCUGAUUGAGAACUGUAGUUGCAUGUACAACGGCCUCCAUUACAAGGCUGGGGAGGAGUUCUGGGCUGAUGAGAACUGUCAGUCCCACUGCAAAUGUGAUCCAAGCCUGGGCAGAGUGACUUGUCAGAAGGCCAGUUGCAAAGCCAACGAGAAGUGUUCCCUGGUGAAUGGUGUGCGCCGCUGCAAGGGAACGACUUACUCCACCUGCAUAGGAACUGGAGACCCUCACUACACCACCUUUGAUGGACGGAAAUAUGACUUCCAAGGCACCUGCAUUUAUCAGAUGGCAGCAGUGUGUUCCAAGGACCCCACCCUCACCCCAUUUUUGGUCACAGUGGAGAACAACAACCGAGGGAAUAAGGCAGUGUCCUUCACCAAGGUGGUGACUCUGGAAGUCUAUAGCAUGAUCAUCAGCUUGAGCCAAGAGCAUCCACGCAAGAUUAAGGUCAACGGGGUCUUUGUGGACCUGCCAUUCUCCUAUGAAAAUAAACUGAAGGUCUACAUCAGCGGAGUCCAUGGCUUCAUGAAAACAGACUUUGAUCUGAGGGUCAGCUUUGACUGGUACAGCUAUGCCAGGGUCAUUAUUCCCAACACUUAUGCCAAUGCUAUCUGUGGACUCUGUGGCAAUGCCAAUCAGGAUCCCAGUGAUGACUUUGUCAUGAAGGAUGGAACUGAGACAACGGAUGAAAUCCAAUUUGCAGAUAGUUGGAAGGUGAAGGAGGUCCCAGGGUGCUCCGCAGGAUGCACCAGUGACUGCCCAGUGUGCAACGAGGCAGAGAAACAGACCUACAAGGGGAACCAGUUCUGUGGGAUCCUCAUCAGAAAGGAUGGACCAUUCAGACAGUGCCACAAGGCCAUUGACCCAACACCCUACUUUCACGAUUGUGUCUUUGACACCUGCCAAUACAAGGGUCAUCAUGAUACUCUCUGCGGCGCCAUCAGUGCCUAUGUGACAGCCUGCCAAGCUCUAGACAUUCAGGUUGGGAAAUGGAGAUCAGCCUCCUUUUGCGGCACUCCCUGCCCACGUAAUUCCCACUAUGAACUCUGUGGAAGAGGCUGUCCUGCCACCUGCCGCAGUCUCUUAGCUCCAGAAGUAUGUGAAGCUUCAUGUGCAGAAGGGUGUUUUUGUGAUACUGGCUUUGUCCUCAGUGGGGAUCAGUGUGUCCCUCAAGAAGAGUGUGGCUGUACACACCAGGGCAGAUACUACAAGAAGGGAGAUGAAUUUUACCCCCAUACCUCCUGCCGGGAAAAGUGCCACUGUGUGGACAAUGGGGCCAUCAAAUGCCAGCGUUUCUCUUGUGGAGCACAUGAGGAGUGCAGGGUGGAGAAUGGCAUCCUAGGCUGCCACCCCAUGGGAUAUGGCACAACUAUAGCAACUGGUGAUCCCCAUUAUAUUUCAUUCGAUGGACAAAGUUUUGAUUUCCGUGGCUCCUGUACUUACACCUUAGCCAAGGUCUGCAGCCAGGACCCUCACCUCGCAAAGUUCUCUGUGUUGGUGGAGAAUGAGAAGCUGGAUAAUGGGCGCUCCCCUAUAACAAGGACAGUUGUGAUCUCUGUUCAUGGAUACUCUAUUGUCCUUGAAAGGGGGAUGAAAUGGAAAGCAAUGGUGGAUGGAGAGCUCUAUACUUUGCCCAUGAAUACAGUGGAUGGGAAACUCUGGAUCACCCAGGAGGGGAACAAUAUCAUUGUCCACUCAUCCUUUGGCCUCACAGUCUUUUAUGAUACCUCCUCGUAUGUCCGUGUGUCUGUCCCCAGCACCUACCGGGGACACAUGUGUGGUCUUGGUGGCAAUUUCAACGGUGUUACGAAUGAUGAUUUCAUGCUACCCAAUGGGCAACUCACUCAAAGCGUGGAUGAGUUUGGAGCAUCCUGGAAGGUCCCUGUGGAUGGUGCCAUUUGCUCCGAUGGCUGCGGUGAGGAAUGCCCCGCCUGUGACCCAGCCCAGACAGCACCAUACAAGGCCAUGAGCUCCUGUGGAAUGAUCCUGUCCGAGACAGGCCCGUUCAAAGACUGUCACUCAUUGGUGAGCCCUGCAGAGUAUCUGAGACAUUGUCUGCACGACAUGUGUGCAGCCAGUGGUGAUGGGGAAAGCCUCUGUCGAAGCCUUCAAGCCUAUUCAGCUGCAUGCCAACUAGCUGGAGCCAGAAUUGGAGUGUGGAGAACAGCCUCCUUCUGCCCUCUCUCCUGCCCAACCAACAGCCAUUACGAGUCCUGCACCCGAUCCUGUGAUUUUACAUGUGCCGCCUUAUCCACUGCAUCUCAUUGCACCGGAGAGUGUUUUGAAGGCUGCCAGUGUGACACUGGCUAUGUGUUCGAUGGAGAAGAAUGUGUGUCCAUGGACAAGUGUGGCUGUGCUUAUGAUGGUCGCUACAUCAAGGCUGGAGAGACUAUCCUCUCCAACAGCUGCUCAGAAAAAUGCAGCUGUCGCCCCUCAGGCCUGCUCACCUGUGUGGAAACCAGUUGUGCCAUAGGAGAGACCUGUGUUCUCACAGACAAGGUGCGUGGCUGUGUAAGGCAGGAAGGACACUGCACACUCACCCCAGGCGCCUGGCUCACCUCCUUUGAUGGGGCCAAAGGCAAACUCCUGGCUAGUGGCAUCUACAAAGUAGCCUCCUACUGCGAUGAGAAGUCACCAUCCUGGUUUAAAGUGCUAGUGGAUGUCAGUGAAUGCAAUGAAGAUGCUGUCCCAGCCGCAACAGCUGUCUACAUCUUCUUCAGAGAAGCCUUCAUCACAGUGACCAACUACAAGGAGACUUGGGUCAAUGGACUCUUGGUGCAGCUGCCUCUGAAUGUCUCCAAAGCCGUGUCUGUCACUGAAUCUCAGGACACCAUUGUCAUUGAUCAAAGCUCCCGGAUGCAGGUUAUCUUCAGUUCUAAUGGCAAAGUGACAGUGAGAGUCACAGAGAGCCUGGCAGGGAAGAUGUGUGCCCCUUGCGGGAACUUCAACAGUGAAGUCUCAGAUGACCUAAGGUUGCCCAGUGGUCAGAUUGCGAGUGACAUUGCUGAGGUCGUUGAUGCCUGGAAGGCCAGGGACUUCGUAGAGUGUUACUGACGCUUGUAAGCCUAGAUACUCCUUGGACUGCUAAAUCUAGAAUUCCAAUCUGGAAUCAUGCACUGGAUCGCGCAAGCACCUUAGAAUGCUGCAACUGGUUAAAAAAAAAUAUCCAAAACGUAUGCAGAACUGGGAGCAUCCCAUACACAAAUAGAAGAUUAUCUGCAAUAGAUGAGAAUGGAACCACCAUGUUUAGAGGCAGUGUACCUCUGAGGAACACAACCUAACGAUAAACAAGUAGGGAGGUAGUGACCAACUUCAUGUAGUGCUUUUGAGCUUUCCAUAAAGAUCUGGCUGGUUACAGCGGAAGUCAAAUGUGCUCAACUAGAUUGAUCUUUGGUCUGUUGCAGCAAUACGAUGGCCUUUACCUUCAGCACAUCCAGCUAUUUUCUGAAUGUUGAUGGGAGUUCAGCCUCUAGUCCUUCAGUGGCUUGUGAAUUUGCAGCAUGUACAGAAAUAAAAAAAUGCAUAAAGCUGUUGCUCUCUGACAAAGCUUUGUAAAUUCACUGCCUUAUACAGGAAAAAGUAAAUCCUUUGGCAACCCUC